AGCUGAUUGAUUCCGGAUUUCAGCUUAUACCUCAAUCCAAUCCUCAUUAUUCCUCAUUUGGAUCGCAGAGACAACGCUCAAUAAAAGGAACUACGAUGAAUUCGCUACGCAAAAUAGGUCUUUCGUCUAAUGCGGCCAAGAACCUCCGUUUCAUGUCGCAGCUAGGAGACUUGGGAAGUGGAGCAGGUAAAGGCGGCGGUGGUGGUGGUACCAUUAGGGAAGCUGGAGGUGCUUUUGGUAAAAAUGAAGCUGCCAAAGAAGAAGAAUAUUUUUACAAAAAGCAAAGAGAACAAUUAGUCGAACUCAAGAACCAUUUACAUGACGAAAUAGCUUUUCAUGAGGAACAAAUUAAGAGACAUCAGGAAGCAAUUGCACGUCAUAAGGAGGGAGUGAAGAAAAUUGACAAACAUUAAAUGAUAAGGUGAAAUAGUACCACUGCUUCUGUAUAAACUUUAUUUAGCUUUGUUUAUGUAAGGUAUUAUACCGAGUAUUAUACCCAUGUAUUAAUGUAGUCUGGGUUUUGUUAGAGUGUUAAUUAGUAAUACUUAUUUAAAAACAAUACAUUUCAAAAGUUUUUAUUUUGUUUCAUUUUCAA